AUGAGAUUUGCUCAAGGUGAAGUAUCAGAACGUCAAAAUUUUAGUGACCGGGGCAGCCCGGGGAAAACUUAAUCAAGGCCAGAUUUUGGUGGAAAUAGUGGGGGAGGUGGAAAAUAAUUUAGCGAAGGUGACAGGUGUAGCGGUCUAGCUCACGACCCCCAUGGAAAGUUAUUAGGACUUAAAGCGGUUUUCCACUAGGCGAAAUUUUUCGACCGAAUCGAAAUUUUCUUUUGUCUUACAAGCACUCAGAUGGAACUAAACAGAAAUCUUUUGAAUUUGAACAAUAGAAAUUUCGGUUCGAUCGAAAAAUUUCGCCUAGUGGAACGACGUGACGUAUGCAUGUAGUCAACGACGUGACGUAUGCAUGUAGUGUACAUCUGUAACACUGUAUUAAUAGAUUAUGACUGUACAACCAAAGAGAAAAUGGUUGGGUAAACAAAAUUUUGAGUGAGUAAUGUUUUGUCAUUUCCAAAGCGUGACUCACUCAAAUAUUGAAGACUAAAAAGCAAUGUCGAAAACUAUCAUAAUCAUGAUCGUUUUCCGAUUUGUCAGGAGGCAAAUGUUGUCUCCAAAGAAAGUACAUGUACAGUACAUGUGCAGACAACGUGAAACUUUGCAAUGUAGAACAUUGCACAAUUAGUUAUCAAACUCGUGUCACAGAAGUGGUAAAGAACAUGUGUGACAACUCAAUGGUAUCCUUUUCGGUAACAUUUUUGGCCAGGGGUGGGUAUUUAUUUUUAAUUGAUAUUUAAGAUUGGGUAAAACAUUUUUUGACUUCUUUUAUCAAGAAGAACAUUCCCUCUUCGAUGCCAACCCCCGCCAUAAAUUAUGACCGAUCCCUUUCUCUGAAAGCUCUGCUUUGCCAAAUAUUAAAUUGCAGAGGAAGUACAGCGACUUGAGGUUGAGCUGACAAAACAAGAGAAGCUUCACCAAGCGUUAGAAGAUGAGAAAAACAAAGCUAAUGAAACAAUUGAACAGUUGACGAAGACUCAAAACUCGAUGAAGGAGAAAGAAAAACGACAAGCAGAAAGAAUGAAGGAACUGGAACAAGAUAUCGAAGCUAAGAAUACAUUGGUAAGUAGUGACUGACAGAUUGUGCCACAGUCGGAAGUGACCGAUUAUUCUUGGGUUUCAUGUGACGUCACGUGGGGGGGGGGGUCAAGGUUCUGUGUCAAGGGUAAAGGACGGCUUCUAUAUUGUUCUAUAUUGGCUUUUAUAUUAGUCGGAGAACUCAUUUACAUACCAUGCGUUGACAGCCAUUUUGUUUCUUUGUUGUUUUAGUUGGCCUCAGUUCAAUGAUUGACCCUUACUUGAGUCAAAUUAUGCUAAAACAUCACGUGACUUAAACCCAAGAAUUCGUGCAAUAUACCGAUACCGAUUUUAUAAUGACGUCAUAAUCUCAGUCGACCGAGCAAAGGUGACGUCAUUCAUUUCGAUUUUUAAUGUCGCGGCAAAAGGAUUUUUAAUGAUCGCGGCAAAAGGACUUACGCCCGUAUUCUAAAAUGAGUGGAGGUUCAAUCUGAGCUUCUCUUGAGUAUCAAUGCUAUUUAACAAUUAGACAACGAGGCCGAGUUGUCUAUGAGCGAAUAGUCAACGAGGGGAAGCCGAGUUGACUAUUUGCUCAUAGACAACGAGGCCGAGUUGUCUAAUUGUUUUAAUAUAAACUUUAACAUUAAUUUACAACUAGGCUGCAAAUACAAUACAAAAAUACACAAAAAACAUUAUAAAACCAUUAAAGGUUAAACAAAUAUUUUAGUUUUUGUUCGCGUAAAAUGUUUUACAAAAUUCAGUUUUAAUUUUAAAAUUUCAUUGUGUGUAUGUUAUUUUGUCUAUUUUCUUACCCUUAAAAAUUGCCAUUCCAUAUUUUUGUUGCUUUUUUCGGGUUUUUUUAGUACAGAAUUGUUCAACAAGUCGUCCAAAAAAUCAUCAGAUACUUAGGCAAAAGUGCAAAACGCGAAUUUUCCGCCAUUUUGAAUUUGCUAUUAGUAGGCUAUCACUAAUAGCCUACUAGUAGCGUAGCCAAUCAGAAGCCACGAUAUGUGAUAGCCCACUAGUUGGUUUAUACUAAUUUUGAAUAGCUGGAGGGUGAGUAGUCACAUAGUAAGGUGUGACACUAGCCCUCCAGCUAUUCAAAAACAGCAACCUUGACCCUCAAGAGAAGCUCAGAUUGAACCUCCACUCAUUGAGUGUGAGUGAGCUUUUAGAAUACGGGCGUUAAUGUGCUUUUAAUCUUUGGCAAACACUAAUAUAUGCUAAUUUUUGAAGUGCGUAUUUUCUCAAUAAUCGGUUAUACACUAUCGGAAAUGCAGAUAAUUCUUCCGAUAAUUAUCGAUCAAUUACUAUUGGUAAGCAGUACUCUAGACCAAGAUGUCAAAACUGUGGUGUGGCUAUGUAUUUUUUGUGGACGUGGUAAAAAAAACAUGGCGUUUGUGAAUCAAUGGAUGAUUCCAGCGGCUAUAGAUUAAAUUUAGAACAAAAUCCAUCACCACAGCUAGAACGAGCAUGUUAAAAUUAGGGGUUGUGCCUUGCAGGGUCUCGUUUUCCCGUUUGCACUAGCCCCAUUGGACGUUCACCUUGUAAUCUAUAAUGUUUAUGCCCAAUAAAGCUGAUAAAAUAAAAUAAAGUGAAAAGGGCUUAACAUUUUUAUUGUUUAAAUUAAGGUAAAAGCGAAAAAUGCAGAUCUAAUAAAAGCUUCAGAGAAGCAGUAUAGACUGGAGCAGGAACUGGCAUUUUAUAAACUGGAUGCAAAAUUUGAACUCCUGGGUCAGAUGCCUUUGCUUGAUGAUGAACAG